AUGAAAGCAUUUCUCCCAAUUUUUGCUUGGACCUCCUCGGCCAUCGCAUUUGAUGGUGGAUACGGGACGGGUGGAAGCCCUGGUAACAUGAGCGAGCAAGCAUGGCAAUCUGCUUUCGAGAACCCCAACGCAACAGGUACCUAUGAAUUUGAGGCGUAUAAUGUAUCGGAAAGAUUCCCGCCAAACAAAACUGUUGACGGAUGGACGGCUACCAUUCGCGUAGCCAAUAUUACGGACGACCCUGAGGACGAUACACCUUAUCCCGGCAUCGACAUCAGUGUUCAAGCACCAGAGGGAAUGAGGGUCCCAAUGCUGAACAGCAGUCGUACGAACUCUUCAGACUGGCAUGUGUGUGUUGCUUUCUGGGGACCCAGUCGCCUGAAGGAUGAAGCAACCGGCGAUGCACAACACGACGAUGGAGACUGCAGCUCGUUCCUUGACGAAGACUGCCUACAGGCCUUGAACACAGAAGCAGCUGGAUAUUACUGGAGCGGAGAGGAGUGCGCAAUGCUGCCACAUAUGCCAGUUAAAUGUGAGAAGUAUUACAAAGACUACGGCCCAACGUAUGGCGGAGUUCCUGGGGCGAAUCUGAGUCAAUUUGGCAGCGGAAAGACCUUGAUCAGCCAACGUCCACAGACGGCUGGAAAAUAUAAUGCGAUGACCCAAGAGGAAGCAUAUGAUUACGCUGUGCGUGGUGUCUGGACUGUGAUGAUCAACUGGGGUCGUCGUGAUCACGACACGUAUAGUCUAGACGAUGUUUUACAGCCUUCGCUGUUGUGCCUGCGCACCAGGAACAUCACUGGAGGCAGUGAGGAUCCUAACGAUGGCACAAGAACAACUGGCUAUGUACCUCUGGCUGCUUUCUCAGCUUUGAUGACCACGCUGUUGUUGGCAUAUUGA